GUCGACAGAACCUUCAUCCGGAUCUUGACGGGAAGCAAAUUCUCAAAGGCUCGUCAACACAUCUUGGCAAUGAGCAACUGGUCAAAGGUAUGGAAAAAACCAAGAGCCCCAAUCGUGGAGCCUCAAAAAGCAAGAAUCCUGUGAACUAUAUAUGUCGUCAAGUGCAAGUUGAAGAUAUUUGGGCUUCCGAGUCUGUUCUCCAAUACCUCUUACUGCAAAACCCCUCCCGUGCGCGAAGUCCUUGUAGAACUUGACAAAAGCUUCCCUAUUGUCAAAUCUCAAAUGCUCCC